AUGAAGCCCUCGCCGGAGCUGCGCGCGCCUCGCUGUGAGCCUCAGUCUCCAGCCUGCGGCGGCGGUGACACCCCCGCGCCACCUCUCGGCUCUCGCACCUCCCCGGCCCCCGGGGCCACCCCCGCCCCUUCCCCGAGCCAGGCGGUCCCCAGAGGCACAUUCCUGGCGACUCUCUCUCCGUUACCCGGCCGACCAGGCGCGCGGCCGCCCGGGGAAGCAGGGGAGGAAGGGAGCGGCCGACAGAGGCGCGGCCGCUCGCUUCGGGUCCCCGCGCCCCGACACAAAGCGCCCGGCCCGACCCGCGACACCUGUUUCGACCCGGCCCGCAGAGCUGGCGGCGCCUCCCGGCCGCGGUCCCGCUUGUCCCCCAAGCCAAGUUUACCCCUCCUUGGCCUUCCUCCGCUGCCCGGGGCGCGCCGCGGCCACGAAAUCAAAAGCUGGCGGCGGGGCCCGGGGGGCGGGGGGGGACCGGGGAGCAGCGCGCGGCCACUCACCCGGGCGCCCGGGAGCUCCCCGGGUCCCUCCGGAGCGCUGUCGGAGGCCGACCAUAGGCGCCAGCGUAGAAGACCAGCCGGGCGACCCCGCGGCCGCGACGGUCGCCGAGCCCCUCUGCGGAGGGAACAAUGUCCCGGGCGUCGGCUGGCCGGGAUCUCCCACUCCGGCUCCCGAGCAGCCUCCAGGCUCCUCGCCGCCUUCCGGGUGGAGGGCGGCCGGCAGGCGGCCAAUGGGGACCCCGUGGGCGGGCGGGCUGGCGGCGCGGCCCACCCACCUCCGAGCUGCACGGCCCGCCUGCCUGCGCCUCUGCGCGGCGCUCGCGGCUCCUCCCCGCUCCGCGCUCCGCCGCACAAGUCCAAGCACACCCGCGCUCCACCGCACACGCCCGCGCGCUCCACCGCGCACACCCGCACACGCCCGCGCUCCACGGCGCACACCCGCACUCGCUCGCGCUCCGUCGCGCACACCCGCACACACCCGCGCACACCCGCACUCCACCGAGCAAACCCGCACACGCCCGCUCACGCCCGCACUCGCCCGCGCUCCACCGCACACACCCGCGCAAAUCCGUACACGCCCGCGCUCCACCGCACACAUCCGCGCAUACCUGCGUUCCACCGCACAGGCCCGCGCUCCACCGCACACACCCGCACAAGCCCGCGCUCCACCGCACACGCCCGCGCUCCACCGCACACGCCCGCGCUCCACCGCGCACACCCGCGCAAAUCCGCACACGCCCGCGCUCGCCCGCGCUCCACCGCACACACCCGCACACGCCCGCGCUCCACCGCGCACACCCGCGCAAAUCCGCACACGUCCGCGCUCGCCCGCGCUCCACCGCACACACCCGCACUCGUUCGCGCUCCACCGCGCACGCCCACACACACCCGCGCACACCCGCACACGCCCACCCGCCCCACACCCACGCCGGCCGCCCCGCCUGGGAUGCGUCGCCAAGCCGACCCCUUCGGCCGACCCCUUCGGCCGACUUCUCCCGCGGAUGUGUGCGGGGCGCUCAGCGUUUGUCAGGCACGGGGCUCGGCCCGGGGCAAUCACCCAGAAAACAGAACAGGGUUCUAA